GACGAAAAAAAGAAAAAGAAACAGAAACAGAAGAGGAGACAGAAGAAAGGAAAACGGAUGUUAUUGUUGUUGUUAUCUUUAGAGAGUAAUUUGCUGCUUCUACAGAUCUGUCUUUGUCCCGCCCUGCUCUGUUUCCGUCCACUGCUGGAUCUUGAUUCAGGACAGGAGGACUGACAAAUGGCCACAGCUCCUGCACCACCACCACCACCACCCCCUCCUUCACUCUGUACAAACCUGCCCGAUAAAAGCAGGUCUCCACCAUGCCCUCAACAUGCUGCAAUACCAUUUGAAACCAGCCCUCCAGUCCAAGAGACAAGUCCUUCAUCAGGGACUCUACAAGAGAUUUCACCAGCUACACAACAGCUACCAGUGGAAAAUGGGCUCCAGGGUCCACCGUCAGAAGGAAAAGACAAUCCCUCUGAUAGUGAAGAUAAAAGCGGUCCAGUGCAGGAAACUGACCCAGCGCCACAGGCACUAAAUGGCAUACUGAUGACAGAGCAAGAUGGAGCAGACACUCAGAUGGACGAGGCUGGAGAGGACUAAUUGCACUGAAGCACUUUAGUUACUGAAAGGUCCAAUGUGUAAGAUUUAGUGGCAUCUAGCAGAUGCAGAUUGUAACUCACCCUUACUUUACAAGCGCGAGGGAGAAACUCUGGUGGCUGCGAAACACACAAAGAAUGUGAAAGGCCUUACCUAGAGCCAGUGUUUGGUUUGUCUGUUCUGGGCUACUGUAGAAACAUGGUGGUUCGACAUGGCGG